CACAAAAACAAAACAAGUUGAAUGAACUUGUUGGUCUGUCUGCAGGUUUCUCUCUGCAACCCACACAGCUCUUGGUCCCGUUCCUCUGCACUGCGAGGGAGAGAGGGAGCAAAGGGACGGCUUGAAGAGAUAGUUCCGUUGUGCUGUGUGUGCGUGUGUGGAGGAGUGUUCCGUAGGAUUAGAUCUUUUUGUUUUCUUUCUCUCUCUCCUUUUCUCUCCCUCUCUCCCUUGAACUCUUCCAGCCAGGCUUUAAAAGAAGAAGUUUCCCACGGCGACAGUCCCAUAGCCAUAGCCGACAUGUCCGGCGCGGCCACCAACAUGCGGGUCAAGCUGCCGGCGAUCUGCCUGGUCCUGCAGAUCAUCCUCAUCAUCCUCUUCGGCGUGCUGGUGCAGUACAACCACGACACAGACGCUAAGCUGUGGCACAAGGGCAACCAGUCCGACUACGAGAACGACUUCUACUAUCGCUACCCAAGUUUCCAGGAUGUGCACGUGAUGAUCUUCGUCGGCUUCGGCUUCCUGAUGACCUUCCUGCAGCGCUAUGGCUUCAGCAGCGUGGGCUUCAACUUCCUCAUCGCCGCCUUUUCUCUGCAAUGGGCCACGCUCAUGCAGGGCUUCUUCCACGGCUUUCACGGCGGCAAGAUCCACAUCGGAGUGGAGAGUAUGAUCAAUGCAGACUUCUGCACGGGUGCGGUGCUGAUCUCCUUCGGGGCGGUCUUGGGGAAGACUAGCCCGGUCCAGCUGCUUGUCAUGGCCAUGUUUGAGGUCACCCUGUUUGCUAUCAACGAGUAUAUCCUACUCAGCCUGCUGGGGGCCCGAGACGCCGGUGGCUCCAUGACCAUUCACACGUUCGGGGCGUACUUCGGUCUGGUGGUGACCCGGGUGCUGUACCGACCCAACCUCGACAAGAGCCAAAAAAGGAACUCCUCCGUCUACCACUCUGACCUGUUCGCCAUGAUCGGCACCCUCUUCCUGUGGAUGUUCUGGCCCAGCUUCAACUCUGCGGUGACGGCCCACGGGGACGACCAGCACCGCACCGCCAUGAACACCUACUACUCCCUGGCCUCGUGCACGCUGGCCACCUUCGGCAUGUCGGCCCUCACCGCGCAUGACGGCAAGCUCGACAUGGUCCACAUCCAAAACGCUGCCUUGGCUGGUGGCGUUGCCAUAGGAACCGCGGGUGAGAUGAUGCUGACACCGUUCGGCUCCAUGAUUGUGGGUUUCCUGGCGGGAAUCAUUUCCGUGCUCGGGUUCAAGUACCUGUCGCCGAUCCUGGAGAGUAAGCUGAAGAUUCAGGACACGUGUGGCGUUCAUAACCUCCACGGCAUGCCCGGGAUUCUGGGCGCCAUCGUCGGCGCUGUCACCGCUGCCGCCGCGACCACCGAGAUCUAUGGCGGCGGCAUGAAGGACGUUUUCCCCGAUGUGGCCAGUCAGGCGAGAGAUAGCUUCAAACAGGGUGGCCUCCAGGCCAUCUCCCUGCUGGUCACCCUGGGCAUGGCCCUCGUUGGGGGCCUCAUCGUUGGGUUCAUUCUGAAGCUGCCCAUCUACGGCUCUCCUUCAGACACCAUCUGCUAUGAAGACAGCAUCUACUGGGAGGUUCCUGGGGAGGAAGAGACACAUGAUGACCAGCUGACCACCGUGAGGGCCGAAGAAGUUGAGAAGCUCAAUAGUUAAACACACACACACACACACCCACACCCACACCCACACACACUCACACUCACACUCACACUCACACUCACACUCACACUCACACACACACACACACUGUAAGAGAUCUUAAUAUAUCCAAGCAACAUUCCUUGUAGAUUGUAUAAUGGGAUGUUGGUCAGGUUAUCUUUGAACGCACACGUAGACAUUUGUCCAUAUGUUGACAAUCUUCAAAUCACAAUACAGAAGUUGUAUCUAGAUACAAACUUGUUUAGCUAUGCAUGUUUUUCUUAUGUGUGCCUACUUGUAGAUACAGUUAAUGACGUGUUGGUGUGUUUCAUAUCGAGCAAUAACGAAACUCUAGGUUGUGAAGUGCAUCAUGGGUUUUGCGAACCUAUUUGUGCAGUGACAUUCAAGUGCCUUCUAUCUACCACUAGAGGUCGCCCUGCAGCUAUUUUACAUGGUGCGUCUGUUAAUAUGUGGUGAAGAGGAUGAUUUGCAGAGUCCCAUUUGGAAAUGUGAUGAUUAACUUGCUGACGAUUUCGAUAGUUGGCCGUAUUCCCUCAGCAUCACUCUUAUUUUAACUACAUUCCAUGAAACGGAUCUUGGCAAGAUUACUGGCAAGACUCAAGCCAAGUCAAAUUGGAUAGAGAAUAAAUGUUACCAAAGACGAAAAAGAUAAUACACAGUGGCCAGCAACUUCCCUUCAUUAGGUACGACCCUUUUCAUCAUUAAUUUUUAUAACGGAUACAAAAGUAUAUCCAAUUAAACACCUCAGGUGUAGUAAACAAAAAAAAAAUCAAAUUUGUAUGUUUCAAUGUAUUUUCUAAGCUAUUAGGUUUUUAUUGUUGUCCUCUAUGUAAUGUUCAUACUAUGGCCUGAAAAAAAAAAGACAAUUACAACCAUUGCUUACGUUUCUACAUGAUGUCAGACAUCAUCAAAUGUGAUUACUGUGAGUGUUUUGUAAUAAUCUAUUUUCGGUAGGCCUAUCUGUGGGGAGUCACAUAUUUUUUAAAGUUUGGGAAAAUGGAAAAAUAAAUGUUUAUAAACCAA